UAGCUAUGAGCAUUUUGAUUUGAUCGUAGAACAUCUGUUUAUCCGUGCUUGAGUGCACACUAGAGGGCGCUCUUUGGACAGUACGUUUUACUUCACCUCUGCAUAUUUUCCCAAUCGGUAUUUGAUCAUUCAAAAUUUUGUUUACUUGUACUUGAGUAAAUUUUUGGGAUGACGACAACUGGAAUUUUGAUGUAACGCUACUCUUACUUGAGUACAAUAUUAUGGCUACUCAACCCACCUCUGCUUGUGAGCUAUGCAAGUACAAGAGUGAAGAGACGAAAAUAGAAACCAACACCUCUUCUUUUUGUGUGCGAGAGAAAACAAAUGCGGGUUGCAGAAGUGCGUUUCCUGCUGUGAGCGGAACAGAGAAGAGAAUCCACUUCCUCCAUCCUGCGCUGAGAAGACGCUGCGUUAGUCGAGGCUAUUUGUGUAAACGAGAGACAACAUGAGCCGAGCAUCUAAAAGCAAGACGGAAAAUGCGCGCAGUAGCUUGCUUAGCCAAAGCGAGAGCCAGGUCUUGGAAAACUUACUCGGAAGAAGGUGUGCUUCCAUAGCCACAGCAGUAGCACAGUUGUUCAUGGCGCUUCCACACAAGCCCUCCACGUGGAGCCUUCAGCACACAGGCGUGAUCUGCCUCAUCAAAGACAACCCCCAGCGUUCGUACUUCUUCCGCAUGUACGAUGUGAAGGCUGGGAGGCAGCUGUGGGAGCAAGAACUCUACAACCAAAUCGUCUACUCCGCAUCGACGCAGUUAUACUUUCACACCUUUGCUGCUGAUGAUUGUCAAGUUGGACUGAAUUUUGCUGAGCAGCAGGAAGCGGAAGCCUUUAGAAAUGCCGUGGUGGGGAAAAUCAACCAAAGAAACAACCGGCAAGAAAGAGGGCCCCUACCUCCUGUCCCAGCAGAAAAAAUUCCCAGUGAUCUCGGCUCCUUCCACAAGGCCCCCAGGGAUAUUCCGAGCCCCGAUAUCUCUUCACGGUUCCACUUGAUGCCUGCGGCUUCUUCGCUGCGACAGAACAAAAAGGACAAGAAGGGCAAGAAAAAGGGACUCUCCAAAGCAGAUAUUGGCUCACCCAGUGGUUUCAAGCAUGUGAGUCAUGUUGGGUUCGACCUCAACAAUUUGGAUCCGGAUCUGUGGAACCUGCUCUCCCAAGCUGGGAUCGGAGAGGCCGAGAUGAGGGACGAGCAGACCUCCCAGAUGGUCUAUAACAUCAUUGAGCGUUCAGGAGGCAUGGAGGCGGUCAAAAGGGAGGUGAAAAGAGGAGCGAGUGGGCCUCCACCGCCUCCGCCAGGCAGACAGGGUCCUCUGCCCCCUGUGCCCGGCUCGGUCCCGACGCCACCACCUACCCGAGGACGUUCUGGCCCGCUGCCUCCCAUCCCGGCACAGUCACAGCGAGCGGCGCGGGGUGCCGUCCCUCCACCGCCACCUCCGUCCGACCGAGGUUGCCCGCCUCCACCACCGUCGCACGGCCCUCUGCCACCGGCCCCCAAGUACUCUCACAGCACGCCUCUUCCGGUGGCGCCACAGCACCACCGGCGCGCUACAGGGCUCCAUCCCAUGACCGCCCCGUCCCCGCCCAGUAGAGGAGCGUCCGGAGAACCGGCACCACCACCUCCGCCACCACCACCGCCGCCGCCUUUACUGUCAGAACCCCAAACUCCUCCUCCCGCUCCUCCUGCGGCCGGCACUAAACCAAGUUUGACUUCAUCAGACAGCAGAGGCGCUCUGCUGGAUCAGAUUCGACUUGGGAAGAAGCUCAGAAAUGUGACUGAGAGCCAGGAUCAAAGCAUGAGCUCGCCUGCAGAAUCGGGCGAGGGCAUCGUCGGCGCUCUCAUGAUGGUCAUGCAGAAGCGGAGUAAAGCCAUCCAUUCGUCAGAUGAAAGUGAAGAGGAGGGUGGAGAUGAUGAAGAGGACGACGAUGAAUGGGAUGAUUGACCAACUGUUGAUUUAAAACCUUGUCUGGAGCCAGACUGGAGUUGUAAACAUCAGUACUUCUGCGAUUGACUUUUCCUCAAUUAAAUUUUGCCUUAAUUACAAAACGACUCCAUGCUGAAAAUAGAAAACUGCAGUUCUGGCAAUUGAUUCAAAAGGAUAACAUUAAGGCAAAAAUAACACUGGAGAACAAUUUGGGGGGGCAAAUGUUACAUUGUUAUGCUCAUUAAAACUAAAAUUACAGUGGGGCAAAUAUGUAUUUAGUCAACCACCAAUUGUGCAAGUUCUCCUACUUGAAAAUAUUAGAGAGGCCUGUACUUGUCAACAUGGGUAAACCUCAACCAUGAGAGACAGAAUGUGAAACAAAAAAAACAGAAACUCACAUUGUUUUAUUUUUAAAGAUCUUAUUUCCAAAUUGGAAUGGACAAUAAGUAUUUGGACACCUACAAACAGGCAAGAUUUCUGGCUGUCAAAGAGGUCUAACUUCUUCUUACGAGGUCUAACGAGGCUCCACUCGUUACUUGUAUUAAUGGCACCUGUUUUAACUGAUUAUCGGUAUAGAAAGACACCUGUCCACAACCUCAGUCAGUCACACUCCAAACUCCACUAUGGCCAAGACCAAAGAGCUGUCAAAGGACACCAGAGACAAAAUUGUAGACCUGCACCAGGCUGGGAAGACUGAAUCUGCAAUAGGUAAAAUGCUUGGUGUAAAGAAAUCAACUGUAGGAGCAAUUAUUAGAAAAUGGAAGACAUACAAGACCACUGAUAAUCUCCCUGGAUCUGGGGCUUCAUGCAAGAUCUCACCCCGUGGCGUCACAAUGACAACAAGAACGGUGAGCAAAAAUCCCAGAACCAAACGGGGGGACCCAGUGAAUGACCUACAGAGAGCUGGGAACACAGUAACAAAGGCUACUAUCACUAACACAAUGCGCCGCCAGGGACUCAAAUCCUGCACUGCUAGACGUGUCCCCCUGCUGAAGAAAGUAUUGAGAUGAACUUUUGGUAUUGACCAAAUAUUUAUUUUCCACCAUGAUUUGCAAAUAAAUCUUUAAAAAUCAAUCAAUGUGAUUUUCUGUUUUUUUCCCACAGUCUCUCAUGGUUGAGGUUUACCCAUGUUGACAAUUACA